AUGCCGAUCGACUACAGCAAGUUCGACCAGAUCGAGAUCUCCGACAGCGACGUCGAGGAGGACGAGACCCCGCCGUGGAUGCGCGUCCCCGCGAACAAGGACCUCGACGAGGGCGCGCUGCGCCUCGUCGCGUCUGGAAAUCUCGGCGCGGGGAUGCGACAACACCUGUCGGAGGAUGAGGUGCGUUCUAUACACUGGUCCCCAUACGACCGCGUUGGCGUGGUGAACGCCGAUCCUUAA